AUGAAUAAAAUAAAUGGAUCAAAAAUUGAUGACACAAACAAUUCUGAAACGCAACUACGAAAGCAAGUAAACAAUAACAACCAACUGAUAAGAGAAGGGAAAUAUAAAAUGAGUACAAAUUUUAACAUCUCCAAUUACAACUUAGAUUUAAUCAAAUGUUUGCAAAAUGACUCAGGAAUCUACUUCAUAUUAGAUCCUUCCAAAGCCAUCAAUGAUAAAAAAAGUUCCGAAGUGUAUGAUAUAUUUAUCCCUGAAAAUAGUGAUGGUGUUACCCUACAUGUGCAGAAAUUAAAUGAGGAGUACAAAUGCAUAGGAGUGAGCAUAACGAAGAAGGGCAUUGACAUUAACACUGGUACGCGCAUCUUUAAUACGAAGAUUGCCGACUGGUUGGAGCAGCUGUUCCAUUUUAACAAAACCUUGUCAAGCGGAAGCCAGCCCAGUGGCAACGGGGCUCCAAGCGCCAGCGCUGCUAAUAUUGGCGGCCAAGGCGAUCAUAGCGGCCACAGCGGCAUUAACACCGCAAGCCACAGCAACAGACUCAAACGAGUGAGCAGCAACAACUCUGCCACCGCAGAGAGCAACAGCGUGGAUACCUCCCCCUCCACAGUCAUAAACAAUUGCGACAAAGGCGCGAAUGCGGCCAUCAGCGCCCUGAGCAGCAGCGCAAACGGUGUUAGCGGUGUUGGCAGUGCUGGCAGCGUUGGCGUCGACGGCUACAACAACGUCAGGCAUAUGUCCUCACCUGGCAUGCAGCAGGGACCAAUCACCAACCUAGUUAAAAAUCCCAAGAGCAAUUUUGAGAAUUUUGAAAAUAACGACAAUAACUAUAACUCCACAGUGUGCAACAAGAAGACCAAUAAAAUGAUAAAUCAGUCUAGCUGCAAUUUAAACCAAAGCAACGGUACGAGCAAUGUGGUAACCCACAUUGUGCCCUCCACCAAUUUGUCCCCUGCUACUCAGUCGAAGGAGAAUAGCAGUAACAGUAAUAAUAACGCCCCUUCGACUCACCACCACCUGCAGCGGGUGCAACACACCAAACAGAUAAGGUUGAAUCAGAUGAAUGCGACCCACUCGCACAAGUCGCAUUUGCUACCGUAUCACGGUGCUAAUUAUGAGGACAAGAGUAGUAAGCUGUACAGCAGUGGAGGGGCAAAUGUAGGCGGUACCAAUAUCAGCGCGGCAAAUGUGAGUGGGACCAAUAUCAGUGGGGCCAAUGCCAGCAGUGUGAACAACAAAAAUGUGCUCAAUGCGACAUCGGCCAAUUUGGCUGCAUCGGGGGUGGGGUCCGGCAACGCCCAGGGAUCGUCUAACCUUAACAGUGAACACAUGAAGAAUAACAAACUGGGGUGUACCAACAGGCAGAAAAAUGUUAACCACGUACAUGGCAGUCAGCCGCAUAACAGUCAGCCACUUAGCAGUCAGCAGCAUGGUGGCGACCCCUUGUACAACGCGCAGAAUGGGCAGAACCCGCAGAACUCGCAGGACGGACAGAAUACACAUCCAAACAGUAACCAUCUAUAUAAUAAUCCCAAACCGCAACAGCCGUCAUACAAUGAAAAUUUCGGCUAUCGACCGACCCUAUUCAAUUUGCUCGAAGUUUUGGCGAAUCAUAAUAUUACUACUCCAGAUCAGCGUGUGUGCAUAAGGGGGAUAGUGACCGAUUUUUUAAACAACGAAUUACCUCAUGGGAAGAUCUAUGCAUACAUCGGUGCAGUAGUAGGCCACGACAUUCUACAUGACAUAAUAAGGAAAUUGGAGAAGGAUCCCAAUCGAAAUGUUGUUCCGGAUGCUUCUGGCUUGGCACGAAUCGAGGCAGCUUUCGGAUUGAGUAAAUCAUCCUAUGAUUUCGUGAAUCAUAACUCUAACAACACAAGUGUUAAUAAUAUUCCUAAUGUUUUGUUUAACCACCGAAAUCUGAAUAGUGCUCUGCUGAACAAUCAUAUUUAUUCGAGUAUCCUCUCCAAUGUAGCGAACAGCAGCUUGGCCAAUAAUAAUAACAAUCACAAUAAUAAUCACAGUAAUAAUCACAGUAAUAACAAUAACAGUAUCGCUAACGGGGGCAGCGCCAACGCACGGAGUGCCGACCGAAUCAAUAUCGACACUGAGAAACUCCUAAGUAACGUUAAAACGCAGGCUGAUUUAAACAACCUGCUCAAGUAUGCCAAGGGGAGCGACAACUACGCCUUGGCCUGUAACAAUCUUAUUAGUAUGAAUAAAAAGAAGGGGCUUCUUCCCCCCCCCAGCAUGAAUAACUUCUUAAAUAUCCGUUCAGAGGGUCCGUUCAACAAUGGCAUGACCUCCCUUGGCGGGGUGAGCGGCGUGGGACUGGGCAGCGCAGGGAUGAUGAACCAGAAAGGUGGCGGGCUCACUGCGCACGACUAUCUCUGCAUGUCGAGGAACCUCAACAUGCAGUGUCACCCGCUCAACAACAGGGCAAGCGUUUCGGAUGAUGAGGAAGAGCUCAUGAAGGUAAUCAAGAAAAACAUUGAAACGUACAAAAUGAAUAAUAUUAAGAAUAUGCUUAUAUCGUCCGUCUUCGGUAGAAUCAAGUGGCUUAAAAUAAUGAACGAAUCACCACACGCCUACCUCUAUGGACAUAGUAUUGUCAAGUUUGGGAAUAAAUUAUACAUGUUCGGAGGGACAAAUAGCAAGCACAAGAAGGUGCCAUUCAAUCAUACACUCACCUUUAGUCUCAUUUAUUACAAUUAUAAGUUAUUGCCACUUGGUGGAAAUUACCCCGAAGAAAGAGAUGGCCACACCACACACCUGAUCUCGUUGAAAACCGGACUAGCUGUCUUCCUUUUCGGCGGUAGUAACGAGAGUACCUACUUUAAUGAUAUUUACACACUCGAUAUGGAGACCAGGAAAUGGAGCCAACGAAUUACGAAAGGGAAGAUUCCCCUGCCUAGGGAUCAACACUGUUCAUUGGUAUACCCAGCGAAAAGUGAACACGUCCGAGGGGAGAGAACUAAUCUAACCGAGGGAGUAAUCAUCUUUGGAGGGAAAUGCCUCUACAACAAUAAUAUUGUUAACCUGAAUGAUAUGUGGAUAUUCCUAUUCCAAAUAAACAUGUGGGUCCGAAUCAAUUACUCCACUCAAGAGUCUCCAAUUGGAAGAUAUGGCAUGAAUUUCGUCUGGUCCGACACGAAUACUUUGUGUCUCUUUGGUGGAGAGUACUUUGAUUCGAAUAAGAACUGUCGUGAGAGGAAGCUACUUGACGACAUGUGGACCUUCCGUCUGAACCCUGCCUCCACUUCCAGCGCGAUAACCACCGGGGGAGGACCAGUUGCCACAAAUAAUGCUACUACUACUGCUACCACCCCGCUUGCCGAUGCAGCAGAGGUAAGCGUCGGGGUAGGCGUCGGGGUAGGCGUCGGGGUAGGCGUCGGGGUAGGCGUCGGGGUAGGCGUCGGGGUAAGCGGCAACAUCGGCGGAGCGGGAGGAGUACCCACCAGCGGAGGUGCCUGCAGAAAUUUUAUCUAUAAUAACUCCAGCUCCAUGGAAGGGACGCUCUACAACGCGGUUGACAUAAUGCACGCUGAUUCCUUUAACAAUGGGAAUGUCCAUGCUGCUGCGAAUAACCCCCCCGGGGGUAGUAACACCAACGAGGGAAAUAAGAAGCAGUUUUAUCAGAACCAUUUAGCGACGAGUCUGUCCAUAGAUAAGAGCAGUACCUGCGAGAAUUUAAAAAAUCUAAUGAAUAAUGGCUUGGGGGAGAAUUCCAUCCCAAACGCAUCCAUCAACCCAUCCAUAAACGCCUCUUUCAAUUUGAGUGAUGAUAAAGACUCAACCGAUAAUGAAAACGAUAAUGCGAAUAACCUCCUUAAGAGAGUAAAAAUAACGGGGGAAUGGAAGAGGGAGAUAUACGAUGGGAAGAUUGGCUGUAGGUCAAACUAUACUAGUAUCUUCAUAACUCAAAGGCAUCAAGAUUUUAAGAACGCAGAACCGAAGACGAUUGAGAAGCUGAUGCUGCUAUGCAGCGGAAUAACCUACGUCAACAAAGACAAUAAGUUGAAAAUCGUUUCAAGUGACGAAAUCUAUGUCUACUUCUUCUCUCAGAAGAGGUGGUAUCUCCUAAGGGGGAAGUUAUACAAUGAAGAAUUCAUCUAUAAUGCACGACAGAGACAUGUGGGCUGCUUCUUCGAAUCAAAGAAUGUACUCGGCAGAGCGAAUAAGAAUCCCGUUCCUUGUAUCUUCAUCCAGGGGGGGUUUAAAAAGAACUCCAUUUUUGGAGACGCCUGGUUAUUAUCCCUCACAGGAGACAACCCCCUUAGAAUCCAUGAGUAUGAUACGUGUAGAGAAAAAAUAUCCACCACGCAGAUGCCACUGUACUACUUCAGGGACACACAUUCGAUUAGCCUCCUCUACAGCUUCUGCACUCUGCAAAAAUGGCUUUUUGGUGCAUUUGCCAAUUUGGUUGAUAAUUGCGUCCAUGCUUUAAACCCAGCAGAGAAUGUUUUUAUAAAAUAUGAGUUGACCCCCGAACAUGACGGGAUGCUGUCCAUUCAGGAUGAUGGAGAGGGCCUCGACUUCAACGCCAUGAAUAGAAUUCUACGCCUAUACGGAAACUAUCGUAGCUAUGAUAGCAACAGCUUGUAUAAUGAGACGGGCAUGGGGGGAAGUGUGAAGAAGCACAACUUGCCCAAUAGCGAUUUUGUGAGUAGCCACCGAAUUGACGACUCCGAUGAGGAGGAUGGCGGUGAGACUGGUGGUGGGGAUACUCCAUGUGCGGAGAAGAUACAGCAGGAACCCGGCACAGGAGAGAACAGUAAUAAUAAUAAUGAUAACCCCACUGGGGAAGAAGCCGGGACGACGAAAAACAACAAUGAAGCAACUCCCCAGGGGGGAAACCAAAGGAGGAAGAAAAAAUGCUCCUUCAAUGACCAUUAUUAUCAUAAGAAUUAUGACCAAGAAUAUUUUUACAACGAAAAUGCAAAUGGACUGUUUGAUAUAAAAUAUGGCAUAGGAUUCAAAAUGUCAUUUGCUCGUAUCUCCUCCAGUUGUGCCAUUAUGUCAAGGACUAUAAACACCAUCGGGAUCGGAUUACUCUCCUUAGAGUUAAUGAACCACUGUGACGCCAAAGAGUUAGCCACCCCUCUGUGCAUGUGGAAGUUACCCAAUAAAGAAUUGAUAAACAGAAACAUUGCCAACAAGUCAGAGCAUAGGCAUCAUCAGAAGUUGCUUAUGUCUUAUACGCCAUUCAAUAGCCCCAGUCUGUUAGCGGAGCAGAUUAACAUCCUUGGGACGUAUAGCGGUACUAGGUUAUUAUACUGGGAUUUUAGAGACGACAUGGAUUUUAUUGUAUUUUCCCCCGCGAAUAAUAACAUUUACCUGAGCAGCUCCCCCCUCAGCAUUGACGAAAUUAAGUGUAGAAAAAAGAGAAGAGGAGCCGCGAAGGGAGCGGCGAACGGGGCUGCCAGCGGGGUAGACUCUUCCAGAAAACUCCACUGCAUCGAGGACAUUAAACUGAGCAACAGAGAAGUUAAGCGAAAGCCUCAUUUCGAUCAGCACGAGGAGGAAAAGGAAAAAUAUAAAAGGAGCAAGGUAGACCAUAGUGUGAGUCGUCUUCCUGUCGUUAAUAAUGGGACGAACACAGAUGCUGAGAAGAAGGAUGAGCAGGAUUUCCAGGUGGGAGAGAAGAGCUGCACACCAGGGGUUAAGGAUGAGCAGCAAUAUAGUCUAAACGGCAAUGUCAAGGAGGAAAACGACAAGAAUAAAAAGUCCGACGGAAAGAACAACGAUGGUGGUGUCGCCCAAUUUGGUGACACCGGUGAAGCUACUGCUAAGGAUGGUGGACAAAAGGACGAGGUGAGCGAAAAGUGCCCCAAGGUUGAUACUUCCAACGGUUCGUCGGCUUCCCCUCCUCAGGGAGGAGCAAACAAUGAUGCAGAUGCGAGCACAACAGCGAACCGGAAGGAUGAACCGAAACUACGAGGGCCAAAAAAGUCAUCCCCCCCAAAGAGUAACAAAAGUAAGUAUUACGAAAAUGAACAAUUUCAGCACAGCAAUGACAUUUUGAAGAAGAUGAAUUUAUUCGAAUACAACUCUCAUUUGCAUCCGACCAUAUCGAAGGAGAAGUACAACGUUAGUCCCAUUUUCCCUUUGUGGGAUCAUCCCAAAGAUAGUAUUGACUAUUGCUUGUCUACUUAUUUGUAUUGGCUCUACCUGAGGAGAAGUACGAAUAUCUUUCUCCAGAACACUUUGCUGAUACCGACGUGUAUGAGGAGAGACGACCACGUUGCGAAAGGCGCAGCAGGAGAUGCCACCGGCACGUCUUCCACUGGUACCCAGAAGGGGAAGAAGCCAAGGGGGCGAAGGAAAUUCAAAAAGGGAGCCAUGAAGAAUGGGAAAAGUGGCAUAGAAGUGGAAAAGAAAGAGAAAGCGGAGGAAGUAGAGAAAUCAGACAAAUCAGACAAAGCAGAUAAAGGAGAGGACACAAAUUCACCUGUAGCAGUGAAGGAAGAAGUGGACGAUGAAGUGAGGAAAGCAGUAGGCGACCUACCCAGUAAGGACGACACGGUACUCUCCCCUAGUAGUAACGACCCAAGCACACACAAAGACGGAGAUGAGAAUACCAACCAGGGUGGCAUCCUCAACGAUUUGAACAACGAUGGAAUGGCUAACGAGAAACUCCACGUGAAGAACGAAUUACAGGAAGAGGUUCCUGCUAGUAGUAGUGACAAGGUCUGUGUUGACAAUCUGGAGGUCCAUGGCGCAACUGAAGCGAGUAGUAACGGUGAUAUAAAGGAAAGUAAGGGUAACAGUGGAGAGGCUUCAAACGAAGGAGAUGGCUCUGGACCAGUGGGUGCUGUCCCCUCUAGUGACGGUGCUUCCCAUACGAUUGAGAGCAACGCCAAGGUUAGUGCCAGGGAAGGCGAAACGAAUGAGGAAGAUGACAGCGAAGUGGAUGAAAACGGGUUCACAAAGCUGCAGAAGAAAAAACUGGAAGAAGCCUUAGAGUACGGCAUAUCGCAAGAAGUGAAAAAGCGCAAACAUGUACAUAGGAACGAAACGGAUGAUAGCGCACAGGAGGACGACUACAAUGAGGACGGUGAGGAAGAGGAAGAGGAGGACGACGAGGAGGAAGGCAAAAAGAACGCAGACGCGGCAGAGAAUUCGAACAGUGUGGAGAAAGCGCAGCAGGGGGAAGAGGCGAAUGGGGCGAACACAGCGAAUACGGCGGAUUCGUCGAACACGGCGGAUGCGGCGAACAUGGCAAAUGGGGCAAACCAUACAGAGGCCACCCCCAAUGGGGAAUCCCCAGGUGACGCGAACAACCCCGAGAGGACACCCGAAACGAAUGACGCGCAAGUGAGUGCAUCACCCGUCGCGAAAGACUCAGACGCAGCGCCAAAUCAGCAACCAUCCCCCAAAGCGACAUUCGUAAAAGAAGGAGGAAAACGAAUGAAGAAGACAAAAAAUAAAAAAGAAAAAGGCGAAAACGCAGUGGGAAAAAGAAGAGGAAAUAGCCAUUGGAUGAACCGUCAUAGCAAUGAUGCGAAGAAUGAACAAAAUGAAAAAACACGAAAGGAGAAUUAUGUCAAUGUCUACAUGGAGACACUCAAAAUUACAGAUCAGUAUUAUAUAAAUAAUACGAAUAAAUACACCCUGUACAAUUUUCUGAGGAGGAAACUUUACCGGAUGGUUGAGUUUCACUAUCUGUUUACUCCCUCUGAUUAUGAAUACGGCUCGUUCAUUAUGAUGGGAUUCCUAAAUGACAACACGAGUAGCAGCAUAGAAGUUAAUAGAAUCUGUGAGGCGGGAAUUUUACUUUAUUACAAGAAUCGACUAAUCAAACGGUUGGAUGCGCCAUUCAUAGACACCGCGUAUAAUCUGUCCCUUUCGAAAUAUCCUCCGAACCCAUCAUUAUACGAAGGAAAUCUGUACAAAUAUGCCCUCACCGUUAUUGUGAAUGUCCCCAAUUGGCUCAAACCUUCCAUUAGCAAACAAGAGUUUGUUCAUGAGAAUAAUUAUGCUUUCCUCCUCUUUAAGAAGAAACUGGUGAGUCUCAUUAAGUACUACCUCUGCAUCUGUGAAGACACGGCAAAGCUAACCAAGUGGAGACAAUCGCGUGAUCUUAAAUUGAAGAAGUACCUUGAAAAUAUGCAAUACAGCAAUAGACUCUCCAAAAAUGACUCGGACAAUGAGUACGAGAAGGCCUACAAAAUAAUGUAUAACGAUAAGGAGAAGAACCGAAAUGACCAGGAGGAGAAGCAGGUUGUGCCUCAUAAGGAAGAGACACCGCAAAGGAGGGACCGCGCAGCGGCACAGCUAGCCAAAUCGGAUGAAGGCAGAACCCACGAGGGAAAUAGGAGGAGGGGCGAGGCUGCUAAUGCGGUAGCGGAGGCGGAAGUGGUAGAAGCGGCGAAUGAGGCCAAUGCAGCAGAUGCAGAUGAUGCGGCAGAUGCUUCCACUGGGGAUAAGCUCCAGGAGAACUGUACCAACUUAAAAGAGGAGGAGGAAGAGGAAGAAGAAGAAGAAGAAGAACCCGCAGAGAAUGACAUGCCAGCCGAGGAGGAAGAAGCGGAAGAAGGCGAGGAAGGCGCUGCAGAGGACGAAGGAAUGAACGAGCAGUAUGCACAUAAACCGAAGAAGGAAAGGAAGCGGAAAAAGCGAAAUGAAGAGGAGGAAGAAGAGGAAGAAGAUGAGGUAGAAGAGGAAGAGGAAGAAGUGGAAGAGGAGCAGGUAGAAGAGGAAGAUGGCGAAGAGGGCGACGAGGGCGAAGAUGAUGAAGAAUACGUUCCGGAGGAAGACGAAGAGCACAGAGACGUCGAUGCGGAUGAGGACAAUGAAGAGGAGGACCAAAAUGAUGAGGAGGACCAAAAUGAUGAGGAGGAUCAAAAUGAUGAGGAGGAUCAAAAUGAGGAGGACCAAAGAAAGGCCAGAAAAAAACAGAAAGUCAGCCACGAAGAAGUGGACGAUGAGGAGGAAGAAGAGGAUGGUGAAGAGGUCGACGAAGAAGAGGAAGAAGUGGAGGAGGACGAAGAGGAGGAAGAGGAGGAUGGAGAAAAGGAUGGUGAUGAGGUCAACGAAGAAGAGGAAGAAGUAGAGGAGGAAGAGGAAGAUGAAGAAGAACAAAAGGAGGAAGAUGAGGAAGAGUACGACCCAGAAGAAGACGAUGACGAUCAUAACGAAGUGCUUAAGGCUGUAGAAGACGAGGAUGAGGAGAAGGAAAACCUUGUCAACUCCCACGAAGACGGGAAUGAAGUCGAUGAGGAGAAUUACGAGGACGAGUGGAGCAGCUAA